AUGACAAGAGUGCGGAGGAAGCGAGAAGAGCAUGUUAGAGCUCCUGUGCGACCGACGACUCCCCCAGAGCUCCGACAGGCUCUGGGUGUAGGAGAGAAGGGACAGCGGGAGGAGUUUGCGAGAAAGAUCCUGCAGGAUGUGAUGGCAGAAGAGAGCCGCCGUUCCUCUCGAAGCAGCAGGCGGGAGGACGUUCAGCGGUCAGAGUCAGCGAUGAGUUACUAUGGCCAUGAGCAAAGCUUGUCGAUGGAGUCGUUGCAUUUGAGGAAUAUCGAUUCGGCUCGAAGUCACCCGGACUUCCGCUCCUCGUCUCCUCUUGCCAUGUCGCAACGGCCGCACACGUCAAGAACUGUCGCUGUCUCCUUCUACGACGAGAAGUUGGAGGUAGAAGAUCAAGAUCCAAGUCACAUGGACGACGAGUUCUUCAUCACCUCAACAAAGUUUCACGAGGAGCAAUCGCAGCAGCCCAACUCACACCUGAGUGCUCCGCAACAUGAGCAUCAUGAUGGCGCCAACCACCUGCAGCACCGCCCUCUCCCCUCCGUGGUCAAGGAGCUUCUCCCUCACUACAUGGACCAGACGCCAACGGGGCGGCAGGAAGCAGCUCUUAAGAGUUGCUCUGAGCUCUCCAACAAGCUCGAGUCCGAAAUCAUCCGGUCCUCUCAGCAAGACACGCAAGAGCAGCAGAGCCUGCGCUUUCGCAUCUCCAAGUCUCGCCAGCAACUGGACAAUGAGAGCAAGCACCUUGAGCGCAGCAUCGACGUUAGCCAUGGCCGGAUCGCCAUCUACCCUGCCUCAGCGGCAGCUUCGAGGGUGAACUAUGAGUCGGGCCUCUCAUGGGCGCCAACAAGCAUCCCCUGGAGGAAGGAUCCCCUGUCAGGGGAAUGGAUCCGGGUAGACAAGCAGAGCUUCUGGGGUGGAGGCUACCACGUGGCUCGACCGAGAACAACAGAUGAGCCUUUUGUACAGUUGGAUGCAAAUUCCGUGAAGACCAUCGUCAACCCGGUUCUCCGCCAUAUCCGACCGCCCAAGAGGCUCGAGGAGAAGGAGCGAUCUCUCCGCAGCAAGGUGGGCGGAGGCUUCGGCAUGAGCGCCGUCGCCUCCUUGGGCGACCCGCGACCGACGCCCAGCAGGCCUGCGCUGGAACGAGGGCUCUUCUUGCUGCCACAGUGA